UAGUAGGCGGUAUUAUAGGCUAUAGCUGUGCGGAAAAGCCCUGUGAGGGAGUUAAUUCACACCUCGCUUCCUCUACAGUUACGUUGGACGUUGCAGAAGGAAGCAAAACAAGUCAACUUAUCGGGUUGUCUGAAAGACAUCAACCUUGUCUUACUUGUGGUAUCGCCUGCAGUGAUUUCCGAGAGCAUGACUAGCACAAAGAUGCUGGAAUUCCCUCAGCUUAGUAAUGAGAUGCAGCUGAAAAUCAUGCACAAGGUGAAGAGUGGAGAGCUGAGCAUCGACGACGCGCUGGACCAGGCCAGAAGAGACAAACUGCAGCUGCUCCAGAGGAACUUCGAUUUAGAGGAAAAACAAGCCUCGCAGUACAACUUCAGUGUGCACAAAUAUAAUUCUUAUAUAUGGCAAAAAAGGGUAUUCCAGAUUGAUUUCAGCACAAAGAUGGUUUGCAGUAUUGAGAAAGGCAUUGUGAAGAGGCAGUUUUCUUUUGAGGCCAUUAAAAACUGCCAUGAUGCUGCAGGGACCAGGUUCACAGUGUUGUUCAAGGACCACCAUGAAUACGAGCUGGAGGCUAUGUCUCCACAGGACAAGCAAAAAAUCAUGGAACUGAUCAAUCAAAUUAUCUACAGGAAUAUCCAACCUGCAGACAUUUAUGAGAAGUCCGAAGAGCCAUCAGUGUCCCCGAAAAGACUUCAUGAGGGCCAGCUGCUUCUGCAGCGAGGAGGGCUAGCAUCGUUCAAAUGGAAGAAGUAUGAGGCAUAUCUCUAUACAGGACACAUGACCCUGCUCUCGACAGGACAUUGCCAGUACGAGGAUGAGGCAGAUGUUCCCAUGUCCUCCAACCUGCCAAUCAUCAUUCACUUCUCCGAUGGCACUGCCAGUGUAGAGAGCCACUGCAGCUGUGACUCUCUGUUUAUGCUACUCACUAACAAGAAUGAGUUCAAUUUCCGGAUUCCAGUAAAUGGACAGAUGAGUACAGAGGUCAUUAGGAGUGAACGGGAUGCCUGGGUUAAAGCUAUUAACAAGUUGUGCAUGGACUGGAAAUGCAAAUCUCAGUCUGAGCAUGUGUAUGAAGAACUCAGUGAAUCUGCCAAGAUUGCAGAAACCAUUAAAGUGUGUCAGUCUGAAGGUGAGAGAGAACCAGAGGCUGAGACUGACAGGAUGCAGAACAAUUGUGGGUCUGUUUUAACGCCACUGCAGCCAAGACCCUGUGUACCUGUUCCAUUGCCGGGGCCAGUGCUCGAACCGGUGUGCCAUCCUGCCCUGCGGCCAGAAGAUGUGCCUGACUUAAGGUUACCAUCUACACCAGUGAAAAUGCCAGAGCCAGAGCCAGUGCCACAACUUGGAACCGUGACAUCACCAGUGUCUACUUCAGCCCUGACUCCUGCUCCACCCCUACCACCUCCUAUGCCCAAGAAGAGCAAGCCACAAACACUGACACAGAGAACCAAGGUCUUUCACUGGGACGUCAUUACACAAGACAAGAUUGCGAAGUCAUUGUGGGCGCGCGGAAGUCCUCGAGAAAUUGAAAUCGACACAUCGCGUCUCUAUGAGCAAUUUGGAGUCAAAGACUUGGGGCACUUUUCUAACACGGAGUCCAGUAAUCAUGUUGAAAUCCUGCUGAAUCCCAAAAUCGCGCACAAUUUCAAUAUUUUCCUCAAAAGUUUCCCAGUGCAGCCUAAAGAGCUCAAGGACAAAUUGUUCAUUGUUGGUGAGGGGGAAGGAGGCCUCUCUGAUGAACACAUUGCUUCUCUCAGGAGGUAUGUGCCCACUCCAGAUGAUAUAGAGAUGUACAAGUCCUAUAAAGGAGAUGCGAGCGAGCUGCACAUGGUUGAUCAAUACAUGAUGGAGUUGUGUAACAUCCCUUACCUGAGCACUCGACUGGACCUUCUGCUGACUCUCAGAGAACUGCCCAUCAGCAUUGAAGACCUGACACCGCUGAUUACCCAGAAGAUUGUCAUGUGUCGUCAACUGUGGGGCUGCGAAUCGUUCGUGUCCGUGCUCGAGUACCUGCUGACCAUCGGCAAUUACCUCAACCAGCAUGCAGGCAAAGAAAAGGCCAAGGGAUUCCGUCUCUCAUCCUUAACGAAGCUCUUGCAACUGCGUGGGAAUGAGAAGAAGUUCACCUUGCUGCAUGCCCUUGUGGAGCAGAUCAUGUUGCACGAGCCCUGUUUGGCCACUUUUUUCCAGGAGUUGACAGAAUUUGAGACCGUCCCUGGGGCGUCAAUUAAAGGCCUUACAGCUGAGGUGGAUGUUGUGAAGAAUGAGCUACAGAAGGUCAUUCAGUACAGGAAAACAUACAAGAGGAAAAACCUAGGCAGCCAGCACUCCAAAUUCUCGAAAGACUUAAAGAUAGCCAUCGAGAAGUAUGAGGUUGAGCUCAGCCAGCUGACGAAGAGGUGCGCUGAGAUGAGGAAACUCUACGCUGACAUAUUGGUAAUCCCUGAGUUAUUAUUCCAAUAUCUUGUGUUGUGCUGCCCGGGGAGACAGAUGGACCAGAAGCCUGCCGGUUUGUCGAGACCGGCCUUUUCAAUUGUUUCUCUGCUUAUCUGUACAAGGCGAGGAUGGAGAAAAAGGGAGGGGUGUAAUUCAGACAGCCGAUUCCUCAAGGUUACUAUACUCCCGCCCUGACUUAGUGUCGCCAGCUAAGCGCUGCUGUGAUGUACGUCCCGAGACACACUAUUUGGAGCUCAUGGCUCCGAAUAAUUGACAUAAACUGACAGGCCUGUCCAUUGUAUUAUUAUGGAUUCACUCGUUUUAAAAUUUUUAUUAUCAUUUUUAAUUGAGCUUUAUGGUUUCGAUAUAUUUAUGAUUUAUGAUAAUAAUUGUACUCGUCUUGUUUUGACUUUAACAAUGUAGUGGCUUCAUUAUUGCUUUAAAAGGCCAUAGCUGCUACAGGUUUGCUUACAGGUUAGCAAGUUUGCUAACAAGAUCACAGUGAUGUGCCUGUUACAUGUUUUAAGCUAUCAUUCCUUACCAUAGCAGUACUAAAACAUAACCUGGCAAGCUGCAGAAUCGCGCUGAUCAGAUGCUCGUUGCUGAACUAUGCUUUCUGCACUAUGUGCUCCCAGAAAGACAAAGGGAGUCUUUUUUUUCUUUUUUCUUUCCUCAGUCUAUAAUGUACAUUUUCCCCCAACUGUCCCAAUUUUCCCCAAGAUUAUCCAUCAUCUCUAAAAGUGUUAUUGGUCUUCUGUGAGAAUUUGGGCUUGUGAGAGUGAGACAGUGGUGAGUGGUGAGUCCGGAGCUGGGGAAGGGAAUUGCUUUAGUUCCACAAUUACAGCCCAAAGUUUGGUCCCCCAUCACCAAUAAAGAGGAAGCGACUUGGUCGGCCAGUGAGAGUAAGCAAGAGGCAGAGUUAGAGAACAAGAAAAGACAAGACGGAGAACUCAGGGGUUGAACCGAGCACGAUUAGGGAGUAGGACGGGAGAGAAAGAGACAGAGGGAAUGAUAAGAGUGCGGUGCACUGACUCCUGCAUUAUCAGUGACAGACUGCCUUGCCCAUGUUCCUCUGGGUGUUCAAAUGUCUUACUGUUUCAUCAGUGUACAGGUCUGAGCCCUUGGCCUUAGAUGAGGCCAGGAAAUGCCUGAUAGUGUUGAAAACUCCCCGUGUCGAUUUAAGUCUUACCGUGUUGCUCUGUACCAAAAUGAAGUACUAACAUGAUAUGUGAUUUUGAUUGAACGCACGUAAUGACGUCACUGUUUAACUAUAAUGUAAAUUGGUCACAUUUAUAUGGUCUACAUUUAUUC